AACACGCGCGUUUUGUUUUCUUUGGCAGUGAAACAGCUGCCUGCGUGGUGCACGCUCGAUCCUCCAUUCAUAAUAAAAAUAUGGAUCUAUUCACAAUCGAUACAGCCGGUGAUUCCGGCCAUACCUCCGCUAGCAUUCGCCCGUUAUACCUACCCAGCAGUAGUCGCAGCGUUUUGGAUAGCUCCAGUGUUCAGACCGCGCGACCGGCGGCAGAUAGUGAUGAAGAUGGCGACGACGACGAUGACGAUUACGGAGGUCUUCCGCCACCCAGUCAGGAUAUUUUCAAAAUCUUGCAAGAGGAUAGUGCGGCUUCGGAAAUGGUGACACUGAAUAGGCCAGCCACGAUGAAUGCUUCGAUUCCUAAAAAGGCGCGCUACAACCAGGGCACUAAUGCCAUUCAGGAAUUGGCCGUGACGGACGUGGAUGGACAGAUGAAGUCGGCCGUUAUAACGCCUGCCAUCGAGAAGCGAGAAAAUUUGGCCACGCUGUCGAUGACCGACCGGAAGAUCAAAGAGCUGAACCGGAAAGAACGUUCCAAAACCAAGGGUAAAGACUGGUUCAACCUUCCGGCGCAGGAAAUGACUGAGGAGGUAAAGAACGAACUGGAGCUAAUUCGGAUGCGAUCGGUGCUGGAUCCGAAGCACUUCUACAAGCGCAGUGAGAUGAAGACCCUUCCGAAGUAUUUCCAGAUUGGCAAAGUGGUCGAUUCGCCAUUGGAUUACUAUAACGAACGGGGAACUAAGAAGACCAAAGCGAAAACCCUCGUCGACGAGCUUCUGCAGGAUGCACAGUUCCAGAAAUACAACAAGAAAAAAUACGCCGAAGCGCUGGAAAAACGCAAGAAGAAGGCUUACCACAAGGCUGCAAUCAAGAUGAAAAAGUUGAAGAAAAAGAAGAAUUAAAUUACUAGAGUAUGUUUAAGUUUGUUAAGUAA